CAUUCUCAUAUCUAGAUAUAUAGAUGAUAUAAAAGGAGAGAACUCUAACAUGUUUUCCUGAGUUAACGUAACACUAGAGUUGACUUUACUAUCUAAGGGCCCCCAAAAAGUAGUCCACUAACAGCAGCCCUGUUAUCACGUGCAGUAUAUGACACACACACAUUUUCUAUCAUGCACACAGUAGAUCAUGUGCUCCUGAACUGUCUACUGUUUACAGCUUGCUUGACUAGACUGGAUAACACUGUCCACCUACUGUAUAUCUCUCACUAUCUCCCUUCAUAAUCCCAAAUCUCCUGCUGUCUCAGGGUUUACAGGCUCCGUCCUCCCAGGUGUGACAUCUUUGAUUCGUGCAGUGCCUCCUCCUACAAACCAACAAUCAUUACAAAACAUACAAGAGGUUUAGACAAGACUGUUAAAGCUUAACUAACAGCUGAGUUUUCCUCUUCAUCAUAUCCUUGUAAUCGCUGGUAAGAUUAUACAGUUGGAAGGGAAUUUCUUGCGCUAAGCAGAGUUGGUGUCUCAUGAUGCUGAGAUGUAAGCUUUAUUGGCCUUUAUCACUUGAGGCUAUUUGGUAAAGAGACCACACAAAGACUUCAUUAUUGAGAGACAAGCAUGUGGAGUGGGCAAAACACCUGAUGCAAACAAUGCAACACCAUAGAGUCUCCACAGAAACGGACUGAAAUAAGAUUCAAAAAUAGGGCUAAAUGCCUGGCAUUUGCAGCAAGUAUUUGACUUACAAAUACAAUUUCGAGGUAUUUGUAGCGUACUGAGGGAAACAUUGUACUUUUCACUCUGCUACAUUUAUUUGACAGCUGUAAUUAAUAGCCUAGUUACUUUACAGAUUCAGACUUUUCAUACUAACAUAUGAUCAACAAACAAAGCAUUGUAAUAGAUGAAACCACCACUAUAUAAAGAAGUCACCAUGGAGAAAGAGUGUAUGCGUUGGUGAGUUGGUGAACAUGGGGUUAAGUUUUCCUCCUCUGCCGGGCGUUGAUCUCUCAUAAUGGGAUGUGCCACCGAGUCGCUCUGCUGGUCUAAGCUACAGCAGGUCAACAUAUUGAGUGCGAGAGGCGGGCCUAUGUGCUGAAGAUGAGCUGUGGACUCGGCGCUGCUCAGUGGUCGUGAUUUCAUCGAUGAGGAGCUGAGUCGACAGACCGCUUCAGACACACACAGACAUGGUGACACGUGGAUUUUUGUGGGUGAGAGGACCCACCGGCCACCGGGUGGAUUAACUGGUCGUCGCAUGGGUGUGUAUCGGCGUCCCGGACUGCUUCGAUCUCAUUCUCACUCCGGGAUCCGGCGAUGCGUUCUUUAAAGGAAACGGGUUUUGCAGAGACAUCCGGAAAACGCAUCCAUGCGCCACGGCCACUCCGCAUCCCGAUAUGUCUCUGACAACACAAAGCCUGGUUUCAAGGAGCUCCGAUAAGAAACCGCACAUGCAAAUCGGCAUGGGUGCGUCAACACGGUUAUUUCGCUAUGUUUUUAUGCCGAUGAGGCUUUGGAGCGCAGUUGUGCAAUGAGAUAUUGGGGAAUUAUCAAGUAGACUUUAUUGAUAGGCUACAUAAUCAGACAAUAUGGCUGAUCAGAGCAACAUUCAGUCCGCCGCCUCCAAGAGUAUCCGGCCUUUUAAAUCCAGCGAAGAAUACCUGUAUGCCAUGAAGGAGGAUCUGGCUGAAUGGCUGAACACCCUGUACGACCUAGAUAUCACCGCGGACACCUUUAUGGACGGGCUGGGGACGGGCUGUGCCCUCUGUCGGCACGCCAACAACGUGAACCGCGCCGCGCUGGACUUCCAGUUGGAAUAUCCGGAGGCUGCACAGUCCAUGAAGGUGCCAUGUAAAGAUGUUGGCUUUCAGUCGCGCAACGUCGUCCCCGGCUCGUUCGUGGCGCGGGAUAACGUGUCAAAUUUCAUCACCUGGUGCAGACAGGAGCUUUGGAUCAAGGACGUCCUCAUGUUUGAGACCAACGACUUGGUGGAGAGAUGCAACGAGAAGAAUUUUGUUCUGUGUCUGCUUGAGGUGGCACGACGUGGGUCCAAGUUUGGCAUGUUGGCCCCCAUGCUGAUCCAGCUGGAGGAGGAGAUCGAGGAGGAGAUCCGGGACCAGGAGAGCCUGCGGAUCGAUGUAGGGGAGCCAGCUGAGCAGAGCCCGCCCAGCAGGUGUUUCAGUCGGAAGGAGAGCAGUCAGAGUGUGGAGGAUGAAGAUGAACCUGAUCCGGAGCCGUUCAUCUGGCAGCAGAAGAGAGUUUUAUGUGACAUGCGAAAUUUGGAUGAGUUGGUGCGUGAGAUUCUGGGCCGGUGUUCCUGUCCAGCUCAGUUUCCCAUGAUCAAAGUGUCGGAGGGGAAGUACAAAGUGGGAGAUUCCAGUGCAUUGAUCUUCAUAAGGGUCCUUCGUACUCAUGUGAUGGUGCGUGUUGGAGGGGGCUGGGACACAUUAGAGCACUAUUUGGACAAGCAUGACCCGUGUCGCUGUGCUGCUUUUGCCCAUCGCUACCACCAGGCUAAAGCCAGUGGCCAAGGUCAGGGAGCCCAUAGCAAGUCCUCGAGUGCCCACUCCUCCCGCUCCACUAGCCCAGGUCCACACUGGCGAAAUGAUGGCAUCGCACCGUACAAACCUCCUGACAGGCGCUCCUUAGAGCCCCCCUCUGCUCCAUGUGCCGCUUCCUCCUCCACACGGCCCGGCCGCUCUCAGCACCCUUCUGGCUCCACCGAGCUCGACUCUGGUGCAGCACGUACUCUACUCCCACGGCCGCCACGAGACCGCUCAGAACCCCGCCACUUUAAUCCUCUCAGGAAUAAGGAGACAAAGUUGCCAGUGACAAGACGUCUGUCUGGAGACAGUGACUCCUCUACAGCCUCCUCUAAAGGUGGAGGAGGAGGAGGAGGGGGGCGGUACUCUCUUGGUGGUGUCUCGCGGCGCUCUGGUGAAGAGGUAGUUCUGCUUGUCAGUCGCAAGGAGGGGAAGCAUAUGAUUGAGAGGCCUGGAGCUGGAAAUCAGACCCCAUCCCUGCGUCCCUUACUGCCCCGUGCUCGCAGCCAGUCUCGGGAACGUCCUGCAAUCGCUCCAAUACUCAAACCCAACCCACCACAAGGAUCCUCUGAUGGAUCACGAACAUCCCGCACAGAGAGGGGCCGCUCCCUCGGAAAUGAGGGCCCGAGGAGGCUCCAUGCUCCACGUUCCCACAGCCAGAGUAAGUUACAAAUCCGUACACGCUCAAGUGAUGCCAGCCCGGGACCCGCUUCCUGCUACAGAGACCCUCAGCCCCCACCCCCCGACAGACGAGAGGACCUUCGGGCCAAACAAGUGCCCCCAUCCUCUCCCAGAUUAGGUGGUGGGUUCACCAAGAGGCAGUCAUCCUCAUGCUCGAACUCACCUAUUAAAGGGGUCCAGAACAACAACAGCAGCCCCGGCAAGAAGACUAUUACUACUCCCAGACCUCCUGCCCCUCGCUCACCCUCCAUAGGAAAAGGCAGACUACUGCCACCAGUCACCUCAGGAGGUCGACGUUCACCACACUCAUCUCCCCGCAACUCUCACCAUCAUCCUUCCCGCUCCCCUCGGACGUUACAGGGCCCUCGCUCUGCUGGGCGAGGCCACCAUAGGAACUGGUCUGGCCUGGAGCACCAGGAGCCCGAGGAGGAAGGACUGGGCCUUGGCUUCCAGAUGCUGCCAACACUAGAUCCCCAGAGGGAGCAGGACUUGUAUCGCAGCUUUGAGGCUGAGUUUCUGGCUAAUACACAGCAGGCCAGAGGACUGUCUAGUAGAGCCCCAGGAGGAGUGACCCUGCAGGGAGCUGGGACACAUUCAGUGCCAGCACCCACUGAUCCUAAUGUCACUGACUCUGCCUAUUCCUCUUCUAACUCCUCCACCUCCUCCCUGAAUGUGGGGGCAAAGAUAGGAACUCUGCCUGACCUCAGGGAAUCCAAGAGAACUAAUCCCCGUCACUUCCCACUGGAGGACCCCAUAAAUUUACUUUAUGGACAAAAUUUUGGAGGACCACACAGCUUUGGUCAAGGAGAGUCUGAGCACUGGGGGGAGCGUGGAGGGGGUCUCAAGAAGCUCCCAGCCAUCUCUAGCUCCAUAGAGGAGAGGGAACUUCCAUCUUCCCUGCCUGGUCUUGGAGACACAGAGUCGGACAGAUUGAUGAAUCAGGUCCCGUCACAACCUGCUUUCCACUGUAGGAAUAUGAAUGGAGACCAUGGAGGUUUUCCUCCUACAGGGGGGAUGACAGGUCAGCAGGGUCAGCUUGGCUGGGACACAGGGCCUGAAGGAGAUGUUCCUCUGGAGAAUCACCAGCCAAACUUACCUUAUGACCUAGAAAAUGAUGACGGCACUGAUGACCUCCCGCCACCAGAGGCUUGUCCGUCACCUGUGCCUCUUCUCCCCUCUGAGGACUGCUCCUUCCAGGAUUCCUCUAGUGAAAACUCUUCCAUGUGCUUCAGCCUGAGCGAAUCCCGCUCUGAAUCCCCCCCACCAUCUUCACCCCUGGCCAACGGGGACGCCGAUGGAGUGCUGCAGACUAAGAAAGGGCAAAAGAAGUCAGACAGGUUAGCCACUAUCUCAAAGCACAAACUGAGAGGCAGGAUCAGGCCUCGCACCGACAACAGGCCAGAAAACAGCCCCUCACGUAUCCCCACCCCGGUCAGCUACCGAGAUCUGCAGGCUCACGAUACGCUUUCCCCAUGCCACACCCCACCGCUGUCCCCUCAGAGCUCGCACUCUACUAGUCGUCCAGCCACAUGCAAGAGCCUGCACCAGGCCUUCGCAGAUAUGAUCCAUCCUCAACCACGUUCCCCAUCCAUGGGCAACAAAGAUUGCUCCUACCCUGGACAGUCAGGGAGCCUGGAAACUGAAGCUUGGAUGUAGCACAAAUGACACAGGGUUGUUGUCAUGAACUUUGACUACUGUGUAAAAAAGAAAAAAGACUUAAGACUGGGCUAUAGACUGUUUUCACUGCAUGUCUCCAACGCUCCUUUUUCACUUAGUUUCACAUUGCUUUUAUUUUGCACUCAAGCCAAAUUAUUUAUUACCAAAGGAAUGGUCUUUAAUAUUACUUUUACUGUAAUUUUAAUGUGUGCAUGGGGAUGCUUUUGCCAAUCAUAAGGUGUUUUUUUUUGCAAGACACUUGUGAAAUUCUCAUGGUUGAUAGAGAGAGAUAGAGAGAGAGCAUAUGUGCUGCCAUGUGCCCCACUGACGGGCAUGGUAAAGUUCCAGGGAUUUAAAGCUGCAACUCUAUAAACAGCAUAAACACUAAACCUUUAGUCAGAUGGAUUGGCUCCCUCUUGUGGUUUGCCACAGCAUCUCUGCUUGCCUUGAUAGUCAAAAUACUGGUAUGACUGUGAUAUUUUCAGUCUCUCCACAUUAGUGGUCUUCAUAUAUGGCUCAUUAUACUCAUAUUCACAAUAUACUAAUAGGUAACAUAGACAAAGGUACCCCAUCAUUCUUCUGACUUUAUGAACACUACAUGCACUACCAAUCUCUGUACAGUUGUCUGCUGUUAUUAAUGUCUGAUGUCACCUUUUCACAACAAUUGAUGUAGUCUAUAUAGAUAAUAUUUGUUUUUAAAUGCUUAAUGUGUUACAGGUUUUUAAGAUUAUGUUUGAUGCAGUAAAACAUUUUAACUAUAUUUCAACUUUUAAGUGGAUUAAGUGUAAAAAUAUGAGGAGCAGUGAAGGUUGUAUUACUUUGUGUCAUUGUCACUGAAACAGAAAUGUUGAGAGCUCUUCCUCUGACCAAACUGUACUCUGGAAUACAAUGCUACAUAUAUACAUGUGCAAGAGUCAAAUGCUUUGGAGAAUGGAUGUGUAAAUAUAUGUUGAUGUGCUCAUUAAUAGAUGUGGGUAUUUUGUAUAUAAAAAGGCAUUGACUAUACAGUUUAAUGUACAUAUUCACUGUAAUCAGUUCUGUGCUGCCUUAGCUAUGCAAUAUUGGUAUUGGAAAUGCCUUGACUAUUCCCUUUGCCUUAAAAUGUAUUCGCAGGUUAGUUUUUGAAUGUUUUUGCUCAACAUCACUAAGAUCUAUUCGGUAACACUACAUUGCCAUCAUUAACUGUUAGAUGAUAAUAGAAAUGGGAGAGUUUGAGUAUGAAUGUGGGAAAAAGUGAGGAACAUUGCCAAUUUUAAUUAUAAAUUAUACUUGAUGUAGGUGUACAAUUCAUGAUAAAGAUAUAUAAUUUAUUGCCUCUGAAUCCAAUUAGUUGUUUUGAAACACAAGAAGCUACUUAGCAGAUGGAUUUCAAAGACAUGGCACGAUCUAUGGUGACAUCUAGUGGCUAAAGAAAGUCAUGUUUUAUUGACAGUAAAAACUGUUUUCCUGAAACAGUGCCCUUUCUUCCAUUCUUCUGGUGCUGAUUAGAGCCAAUAAUAAUGGUAUUAUAAGGUGAAGUUUGAUGGAUGAAGAAUGAUUUUGACUUGAAUGUCUACAUGUGUGCAACAGUGCAUGCAUAAUAGAUACUGUAACUGGAUAUUAGGGUUCUCUUGUGAAGCUCUUGCACAGUUGUCAGGAGUAUGAGAGGCCAGACCUCAGCUACAGUACUUCUGUUUUUGGUAUUUAACAGGUGUGGACUUUGUAAAAUAUAUUUGAAAGUGGAAAAGUGGGAAUUGUAGUGUCAGUGCCCUGCAGAAACCCCAUAACUCCCCCCCCCCAAAAAAGAAAAACAUCUUGUUGUCAAUUAAGAGAAGUUGGUGGACAUUUGCUUUUGAUGUGGUUACAAUUGUUUUGAUAAAUCUCUCCCAGAGAGAUUAUGGAGACAAUGUCAGUAAAAAUGAAAGACACAACAUUUGUGAAUAACAUCUUUUUGCUGGGCACUGACACGGUGAAUAUGCUAGAAAAAGAAGAGUGUGCAUAUAUUUGUGUACAUACUGUAUGAGAAUAUGUACAGAGUUGGAGUGAAGAGGAGAGUGAUGUUGGUCUAAUUUAUUUAUUUAUGAAAUUAAGUCUCAUUGGGCUCAAGUGACAUCUGUGUCCCAGGUACUGUUAAGUGAGCUGUAAGUGUUUAGGGUAAAUCCAGACAAGGUGGGGCCCAACAUGUAGAAACAUCAUGCAUUUUUUUUCUCAACAGUAUACUAUAAAGAGACAUAAUCUGUUAGAAAUGUUGGCAGUUUAAAAACAUGGCAUGACCCUACAGACAAACUAAACAUAUUUGGGCUGUUUUGCAAUAUUCAGAGAUAAAGUAAUUUGAUUUAUGACUCCUCAUUGCUACAAAUAAUUUAUGAUGUAUCAGUAUUGUUAGAGCUACAUUGAUCCCAUAUGUAGCUGGUUAUCAGUUUCCCCUGUAUAAACACAUUCUAACAUGUAUUCUAAUUAUUUUCAGUUUAAAUUUGUUUUGUCUUAUUUGAAGACGUUUGCAUUUUGAUCAGCUGGUGUUUAAAAUAUACCAGUUAUGUGAACUGUGACUUCCUACAAACAUGCCAUUACAUUUGGUUAUCAAUCACAAAAAGAGUGAUUGUUACAUAAUCUGCUCUUUGUCCUGCACAACUUUGCAAAUUUCAUGAAACUCUCUCUCCUUCUCUCUAUCCCUAAUCAGCGAAAUCUGAAUGUUCAUGAUCAGACAAUUUCUUGUUUGCUAAUGUUAUUUUCACUAAAACUUCAGUUAAAUGUACAGAUUGCUUGACAUUGUGGAAUUUGUAUGUAUGAAAUAGCAAUACUGCAACAUUUCACUGUUUUUUGAAGUUGAAAAUGCUGUCAAGUUGUUCUUGUAAUAAAUAUUUUCCUCUGAAGUUUA